AUGUCUUCUCUCGGUGGAAAUUUGGCUCAGUUUUCCAAAGGUGCCCUCAAUGGCGAUCGCUCCAACCUCAUUCCCUUCUCCUCACGACUUCGUGGUGGUCGGGCGCUGGCGCAAGACGUGUGGUCAAUUUACAAUGCAGCGAACCUUCCCGCAGACUGUAUCAAUCUUGGACAAGGGUAUAUGAACUUCUCGCCCCCAAAAUGGGUCACAGAUGCCGCAGAUGAAGCUCUCAAAUCGCUUUUACCCAACCACUACUCCCAUCCAAAGGGGCGCAUUCGUCUCCGGAAUGCCAUUAAGAACUUUUAUGAGAAGUCCUUCAAUAGAGUUCUCGAUGUCGAGACUGAGAUUCUCGUAACAAGUGGGGCAAACCAAGGACAGUAUUCCGUUUUCACCGCCUUCCUCGAGCAGGGAGACGAGGUGAUCAUGUUCGAGCCCUUCUUCGACCAAUAUCUACCAUCAGUCACCUUCAAUGGCGGAACGCCUGUCUACGUCCCCCUUCAUCCUCAAACGGAUGCUGUGACACCAAAUAAUAGUAACUGGACGAUCGACUUUGAUGAAUUGCGCCGUGCUAUCACUCCAAAAGCAAAAAUGAUUAUCAUCAAUACCCCUCAUAACCCCGUCGGUAAAGUCUUCACGAGAGAAGAGUUGGAGAAAAUAGCUGCUCUCGCAGAAGAAUUCAAUCUUUUAGUGAUGGCAGAUGAAGUGUACGACUGUCUCGUCUUUGACGGAAAGGAGCACGUCCGCUUUGCCACCCUACCAGGCAUGUGGGACCGCACGGUAACUGUGUUGUCUGCUGGCAAGGCGUUCGCUGCCACAGGCUGGCGUGUAGGCUGGUUAAUUGGCCCGCCAUCAAUAAUCUUUCCCACUCUCGCCGCCUGCACGCGAAUCGUGUUCUGUUCAAACUCUCCGUUACAGGAGGCUGCUGCUGCUGGACUCGAGCAAGCUGCGGAACGUGGUUUCUUCGAGAAUCAGCUCAGGGAAUAUCAAGAGCGACGUAACAUACUCCUAAGCGCGUUCGAUAAGCUUGGUAUGAAAUACAGUCAUCCCGAAGGCAGCUACUUCGUGCUUCUAGAUAUCUCACGCGUCAAUUUCCCUGAGGACUACCCCUUCCCAGAGCCAGUUCAAGGCCGAGGACGUGAUUUCAAGGCCUGUUGGUUUAUCGCCCUUGAAAUUGGUGUAUCAUCUAUCCCUGUUAGCGAGUUCUAUUGUGAGGAGCAUUGCACUAUCGGUGAGAACUUUGCGCGUUUCGCGUUCUGCAAGGAUGUGGAGACACUCAGGCAGGCUGGGGAGCGUUUGCAACGUUUAGCGGAGUAUCUUGUGUAG